GCCCCAAUACACAGGAAGUGCAGCAUUUGGUAUAAAGUGUGCAGCCGCGACCUUCGGAACAGUUGCAGAAUCGAGCUGAUAUCCUAGGCGAACAACGCGAGCCUCAAAAAUGUUAGCCGCCACGUACUAUCAGAGUCCUCCUCCGCCGGCCUACGGAGUCAACAAGCCCGUCCAGUACUACAUGGAGUCGAUGCCAACCUCGAGCCUGUUCUACACAUGUGCAAGGCCUAGCAUAUUCCCGACACAGUCGCCAGUGCACCAUGCCAUCAAUCACUCGGGUGACAUGGCCGCCCAGGCACUGAUCAGCCUGCAACAACCUGUCAUUCACAGCUCUAGCCCGCCCCCGUCCGACGGCAGCUGCGGCAUGUCGCCCGUAAAGUCUGAGACAGGAGCUGAUACUCCCCCCGCCGCUUGCUCGGGAGCAGGAGAGUCGCGCACCAGCACCUCUACGGACGCAGGAUACGGUGGUUCGCCUACCGCCGGAGUCCCCCUCUGCCCUGAGGAAGCCAAUUAUGGCUACGCGGACAACGCCUCGAUGUACUCCCCGAACACCCACACGCUGCAGCAGAGCGGUGGCCUACCCCGCCCCCUCGGCUACUCCACCGCUUACUCCCAACCGUACAGUCCCCUCCAUUACGCCUCUCCGCCGCCUCCUCUCAGCAUUUCCUGCAGCCCCGUCAUAAGACCCGCGAGCAGGGACCCCUUUCCCCGUACCAACUCGUGCCACAUCUGCGGAAAGACGUACGCGCGGCAGUCGACGCUCAAGACGCAUCUCCGCUCGCACAACGGCGAGAAACCGUAUCAGUGCUCCAUCUGCCAGAAGGCCUUCACCCAGGCCGCCAACCUCACGGCCCACCUCAGGACGCACAGCGGCGAAAAACCGUUCAAAUGUCCCGUCUGUCAGCGAGGUUUCUCGCAGAGCAGCUCCGUCACGACGCACCUGCGCACGCACUCGGGCGACCGACCGUACAAGUGUAACGCGUGUGGCAAGGGUUUCGCCGACAGCUCCACCCUCACGAAGCACUACCGUACGCACACGGGCGAGAAACCCUAUCAGUGUAAGAUCUGCGAUGCUCGGUUCUCCCAGUCCGGGAACCUCAACCGCCACAUGCGCACUCACAGGAAUCACUUUCCAUCUCAGGCAGCACCGCAGCUAGCCUAA